AAAAAAAAAAACCCAUAAUCUGACACGGCAUGAGUUGUCAUUUAAAUUAUAUGAUUUUGCGAAGUUUUAAAGUAUAACACUUUUUUAAAUUAUCACUUAUACAUUUUUAUCUCUUUUAGGUUUUUAUUCAAUAUAAAAUGGGCCGCAUGUCCGGUAUCAAAUGGGAGAAAACAACACAAUGUAGACCAGUUCAUAACAUUAUUUCAUCAGAUUUCCCUAAGUAUAAUCCACAGCCUUGGAAAUUUAUGGAAGGCCCAUCAAGAAUACAGUGGCUGCUGUCGUAUGAGUAUCAACGUAUGUGGUUCGAAGAAAGAGAAGCUUGGAAAAAGCGAAUGUACCCCGAAAACACAACCGUUAACGUUGAUAUUGUAAAAAAAUAUGUACUUACAUUUAAAUCUAAUCACCAACCGCCAAAACCGGAGAAGAAAAAACCUUUUAAGAUGAAAAAAUUUGAAGGCGUCGGCAGUCGCACAAGCAAUAAGCGUCAACCAAAUGAUAAAGCUAUGAAUUUCAUUAAAAAGAAGGAGAAUAGUUAGAUAAAGGUCUUUUAAAAGAACAUCCUUAUAUUGAUCUUUAUAUGUCGUAUAAAUUUAAUUAGAGGCUAUCGUUAAGGCGAG